GCAGAAGCAGGAAGCAAAUAUAGCUCUUAGACGUUAAAAGAGAGAGUAAACGGGGGGUUGGAAAAACCAGCAUCAAAUCAAAUAUAUAUAUUUAUAUUUAUAGCCAGAGACAGCGAGAGACAGAGAGAGGGGCGCAUUAUUUCCGUCACGGAAGAGAAAGAAGCGAAAGCCCCACCGCCUUCUCUGAUUCAAUAAAAGAGCGACUCUUUUCGGGCUUCCUUUUUCUUCCUACUAAGACAACAAGAAACCCAAACCGCUUUCACAUUAACCUUCAACCCAGUCAGGACUCAGUAUUGCCGUGUACUCGAUACAAGCAAAGGAAGGUUCUUGGUCGGUGGAGUUGUCUAUAUAGCAAAUGGUCGGGCUGUCAAAAGUUGGAUAUUGACAGCCCGAUUCUUUUCAACUCUUUUUUAUUUACAAGGUGAUUCUUGUUUUUAAAUUUUCUUUGGGCUUUCUGGGUAUUGACCAGGUUGAGCUUCUUUGACUUUUGGAUUGGGUUGUUAUAUUUAUUUGAGGCCUGCUUCAUAUUGGUAUGGUAGUUUCUGUUCUGGAUGUUCAACAUGGGUUCCUUGUCUGGAAUCAUUCAACGUCCUCUAGUUGCAGCUGCUGCUGUUGCCGUUGCUUCUGUUUCUGUUGAUUUUUCUGUUAAACUUCCAUCUCCUUCAUCGGAUACUUGUUCGACCUCUGAACAAAUUGAAACUUGGUCUAAUUUGUUACAAGAGUCCAAGUCCUCAUUGGUAGAUCAUAUAUCAGCUUCCAAGCUUGCAAACCUGUCUUUUGUUACCAGAAUUCGGGUACCUGUACCCAGUGUUAACUUUCCAGUUCCCAAUUCAGGCUGGAAUUUUGCUUCCAAUGCGCUAUGUUCUUCUGUUGCUUCAUCUCCCCUACUGGUUAAUUUAUAUCGGUCAGCAGAGUUAGCAAAAGCAUCAAAGCCCGCUGUAUUCACAGAGAGUAUCCCUACCUCAGCCCCUGAUGUUUUGUACAGAUGGCAUUUGCCGGAGCCUAGUGCAAUUGAUGUUUCUGGGACUUCUGAUUGUUCAUCAGCAAAGUCUCGUACAGUUGUUGUUUUGUUAGGGUGGUUGGGAUCUAAGCAGAAACAUCUUAAGAGAUAUGCAGAGUGGUAUACCUCCAGGGGAUAUCAUGCCAUUACAUUCACCUUUCCAAUGAUUGACAUUAUCAGUUACCAAGCCGGUGGGAAAGCUGAGCGGAACAUAGACAUGCUUGUUAAUCAUUUGGCUGAUUGGUUGGAAGAGGAGCAUGGGAAAAGCCUGGUUUUUCACACUUUUAGCAAUACUGGAUGGUUAACAUAUGGCGCUAUUCUUGAGAAGUUUCAGAAGCAAGAUCCUUCUUUAAUGGGAAGGAUCAGAGGUUGCAUUGUGGAUUCAGCCCCUGUUGCAGCCCCUGACCCACAGGUCUGGGCUUCAGGUUUCUCUGCUGCUUUUCUGAAGAAACAUAGUUUUGCAACCAAAGGAUUUGCAAGCUCAAGCGAAUCAGAUGUGGGGCCGUUAGUUGGCAAAAGGGAAGUCUCAGAACCGAAGCCUGCAGUAACUGAAGCUGCUUUGCUAUUAGUCCUGGAGAAGUUCUUUGAGGUGGUUUUGAGUCUUCCUGCUGUUAGCAGGAGGCUUUCUGAUGUACUAGGCUUAUUGUCAUCUGGACAACCUACCUGCCCUCAGUUAUAUAUUUAUAGCUCUGCAGAUAGAGUCAUCCCUGCUGAUUAUGUGGAAUCAUUUAUAGAGAAGCAAAGGAGGUCUGGGCGCGUGGUUCGGGCAUGCAACUUUGUCUCCACACCACAUGUCGAUCACUUUAGGAAUGAGCCAAAACUGUACACAAGUCAGCUCAGCCAGUUUUUGGAGGACUGCGUGCUUACUUGUUGUAAACAUUCUUGAUUAAGUACAUUGAAGCACUGACCGUAUCCAAAUUCUUUUCGGUAUUCCCAGAAGGGGAAAACCCACAGUUAUAUACUCACAAAGCAUGUAGGGAAUAAUAGUUCAUUUUUUUCCAUUUAAACAUCUAUUUACAUUGGACAAUUUAUUCAUACAGUUAUCUCUUGGUCAAUACUGAAACAUAGUUUUUCUCCUUUGCCUUGUAAGAGCAGUCUUGUAUUAUUGCAGCUUUAUCAAAAUUUCAUGUUCUGUUUAUUA